AUGCCGCUCUGAGGGGAUGCACAGGCACAUGAAUAUUGUGAUCUUAUCUGCUGAAAAUGAGGCGAAAAGCAUAUAAACGGGUCAUCACAGAUAGCCAACUCCUAUCUGCCUCCCCAGGCAAGACUUAGAGCUUUGACUGUUGGUUUGUGGUUAGAGUUCAAACUUGGCUUCGACAUUCAGCCGACCAGCAGCAGCAGCAGCGGCAGCAGCAGCAGCAGAGGCAACAGCUAUACACACAUGAGAGCCAAGGCAGAGAGAAAAAUAUGAAAAAGAUAUACAUUGGCAAAACUGCCCUCAAAACACAGAGAAAUGGUUGCAAACAUCAGAAAAGAAGCUCUUUCCACGACCACAAGGAUGACCUCCGCAAGCGCCUGUCCUACACCACCCACAAACUAGAGAUGGUGGAGACGGAGUUUGAUUCCACUAGGCAGUACCUUGAGACUGAGCUACGCCGGGCCCAGGAGGAACUGGAGAAAUUUACAGAGAAACUACGCAGGAUCCAGAGUAGCUAUGCAGCUCUUCAGAGGAUCAACCAGGAUUUGGAGGACAAGAUGCACAGGACGUCCCAGCACCAUGAAGAGGAAAAGAGAGCCCUCAGCCGGGAAAUUAUCCUCCUCAACAACCACCUCAUGGAGGCGAAGAUCACCAUCAAUAAACUCAGAGAGGACAACGACCUGUACAGGAAAGACUGCAACCUGGCAGCCCAGCUGCUGCAGUGCUCCAAGUCUCACUACAGAGCUCACAAGAUGUCUGAGCUGCCGGUGGAUUUCCAGGAGCGCAUCAGUUCCCACAUUGAGAAACAGAAUCGGGAUAGCGGAGCCACCGUAGCAAUGUGCCACUCCAAUUACUCCGAUGCCGUACCUACAGCCAUAAUUGCCAAGGUCCUGGAAAAGCCAGAACCAGGAAGCAGUUGCCCUGUAACGCGCUCACCCAGCCCGCAGCCACAGGAUGGAGACUUUCUCACAGGAACAGGAAGCACUGAUCACCUGAGCCGCCGUAUUUCUUAUAAAUCAUCUGACCUCUACUGUAGUGAUACGGCUCUCUACUGCCCUGAACGAUGGCAGGAUACAGAGCGCAGGCAGAGCGUUGACCUCCAAGGCACCGGCCUGCUGCAGCUUCACGCUCAAAACUCCACCGACAGCAACCCAGAGGAAGAAGCCUACCACUCUGGAAGUUUCUCCCACCAUGAGCCUCCAUCCUCCUUUCACCACCACGAUGACUUCGGCACUGGUAGCCUCCCUGCCUCCAGUUCCUACUCUAGCUUCAGCCUCGCAUCGGACGAGAAGGGAGGAGUUGGUGGUGGUUGUGGGCGCACUGCCAGCAGCACCUUAUCCUCUUCCCAUCAGGGUCUCUACAUGGACUGGCGAGAUGGUGGCAGUGGGGACUAUGAGCGCAAAAGCAUGUCCUCUUAUGAUAAAGACAGCCCAAGCUUCCCCAAGUCCCUUAGCAUCCAGCACAUGGUGACCCCCAGGAGCCCGCAGAAGGGCACCUCACUAUCGUACACAAGGACGGCUUCAUGCUUCAGUGAACCAUACCAUUCCAGCACCCCACGCCUGGCUUCCUCUCACAGCAUGGGGUCCACAACAGGGCUGGGCCAGGCUCGUGGAGGAGGUCUGGACAGCCGCGGUGACAUCCAGGUCCCUGAGGAUGACCUAAGCAGCCGCUGGAGACAGCUCAGCGUGGAAGACAUCAACACAUUCUCAUCUUCCUAUCGUAACAUCACAGGGCGUGUCUCUCCAUACAGUUUCUCUGAGCGCCACUUUGCCAUGGGCCCCUCCAAUAAGGUCAAGGGGUCUCUCUACAGCAGCUUCCAAGAAGGAGAUGACGUCUUCCACAGCCGCGUGCUGGACCAGUGUUUUGCUGUUGGUCCUCCUUCGCCCAGCCGCAGCCAGAAGCCGAAUGAGCAUCGUAAGCAGGAGAAAACUUCUGUGCUGUACAGAGCCAAGGAGGACAGUCAGGACUCCGAGUGCAGUUUGUUCCUCUCAGGGAGCUCUAAAGAGAAGGAAAGCAGUGGGGGAGCAACAGCGGCGAGCAGCGUCAAGAAGGACUAUGUGAAUCUGAGUGCAGACAGCUCGGCUGAGUCCUUACACCAAAGCUCCCUCGAAGCCUCAAGUCUUCAACACUACCCCAGCCCCAGGCCAAGCGUCCGGCCCCGCCCAAGCUCCAGCUCCGCUCUCAGUGUCGGCCCCGCACUCCCAAAGAAGACCUCUCCAAGAUACCAAAAAUUUGGCAGCACGGGACUGACGAGAAAGGACAGUUUGACCAAGGCACAGCUAUACGGCACGCUGCUGAACUGAGCGGGGGAAUGGGAGCUUUUCAUUUUAUGCAUGAUGAUGAUGAUGAUGAUGAUGAUUCCUAACUUAACUGUACUGUACUGUAUGUCUCAAAAGUUCCCUGCAGCAAACACAUACUUGGUGUGAUGGGGUAUUAACAUGUUGUUGUUUUAUGUAUCUCUUAGCCAAGGCACGUUUCAAGCAGUCUGCAACACUUUUUCUAUUGUAUGUCAUGAUACGGUGUAGCUACCUGAGACCAGCUCUUCACUAAGUUUUUGUUUCAAUUACACUGAUGAUAAUUAGAGCCAUCGGGAUAAACCGAGUUCCACCCGGCUACAUGAACGUUAUGUGCUAUUUGCUCUUUUUUUGGUGUUCAGUACUGUUAGUAAAACCAGCAAGAGACCAUUAAUUCCUGCUCUAAUAUAUACAGUAUAGAUAAUGGGAAAAGGCGUGUACAAUGGGUGACUUAAUUACACAUGUUUAGGAGAAGGAAGGUUAUCCAUUAUGUAUAGUGGACCCUGCUGACUGCAAGCUGUUAAGAAGAUUUAUUCAUCCUCUAUUUUGUCUUAAACAAAAUGCAUGCUGUAUAAUGCAUAUAAAUAAGAUGAGAAAACUCAUUUCCAGCUAAACUGUUUCUCAUAGGGACAUUAUCUCUAAGGGCCCCUUGCUAAAAAGGAUGUUUUAUUACCAAAUUGGCUAAACAUGAUAUUAAAAAGAGUAUUUUAUUCUGUUGAGCUGUAAUGUUUAUAGCAAGUCAAUUAAGGCCCAAUCCCAUUUCUCAUUUUUACCCCUUCCCCUUGCUUUCGAGAGCCACCUUGCUUCUUGGAACAGUUACUAGGGGUAACGAUUGAAACUUUCCCCUAUGAAAUGAGACAACCCUUCAGGACCCUGAUACGUGAUCAGUAGUCGCAGAUGCUGCCAUUUACAUAAACAAAUGCGACAAGUAAUACAGCAAAUAUGCUGUCUUCUGCUGUGGUGAUUUCUCUUGCUGGGGCUAUCGGCAGCCUUUUGGGGCUGUCAGGAUGAUCGUGAUUUGUUCACAUCUUAAGUAUCACAUUGUCAAUUGAUCAAAGAAGUUAUCAGUAGCGGUGAUCUUUAGCAACCUGUGCUCUUUACCUGCCAGUCUACAGUGAUAUUAGAGAAGCGGUAACAAGAGCAGCAACCGCUGGACUUCAGUUAAAUUUCUGGUGUCAUGCACCACUGGGGGGGAGGCAUAGAAAUGUGGUUCCAACUGGAACCAACUGGUCCAGCCACUGGGUCCAGAUUGUAAAGUCCUCAGUCAUUAGUUCAAGGUCCACCAGUUAUAUAUAUUCAGUAUCAUACUUGCAUUUGGCCAUGUUGUCGAGCUAGUUUGCUGUCCCUGUCAAGUACCUGUCCAUUAGUUGCUGACUCUACAGCAAGAAACAGCACUUCAAAAUAAAAGCUCUGUGCUGGGAAUUCACUAUACUUCAAAAUAAAGCAUGUUUUUUACAAACUUGACACGUUUGCGAGUCACUUGCGGCCCAUUCAGAAUGGACCCCCAAACCACUUUUGGACCACAACCCACCAGUUGGGAACCACUGGUUUGAAGGUCAGCCUUCACCUCUAUCCCAGCAAGAAUUGGGACACCAUACGCAUGAAUGUGGAGCAGCAAAACAGAGGGGUAAGGGCAAGGGGUGUAUUGGGAUUGAGCCUUAGAUUGUGCGAGUUCCCUCCAUGAUGCUAGAUUUCCCGCUUGUUUAUUGGAAAUUAAAAAUCCCUGAUUUUGUGUGUUGGAAAAAUAACCCUUGAAAAGUGAUAAAAAUGAUUAAACAGAACUGCAAGAUUUUUAACUGGAAUUUUUCUUAUUUUUGUAUUGAAAUGAGGCUGAACAGUAGUUACCCUCAUACCAGGACACUUGUGAAAUUGCCUUAAUCCUGUUCAUUGGACAGAAUGGUCUCCUUUACAACUGUGUACAUACUGUAUUAUCUGCUGUAUUGUUACUGUAUGUAUACACUACCGUUACAGCGUAUGUUCUUCCUGUCAGAUGUUAAUACACACACACACACACACACACACACACACACACACACACACACAGCCAGUUUCUUGGAAAAGGAUUAAGUCCGUUUUGGGGGUAUUUUUCAGUGGAGUUAGUUAAACACCAUGAGGCUUAAUCCCUGCCUGAAAAAUCUGGCACACAUAGCCAAAUUUCAACCCGCAGACAAACUCUUAAACACUGUUGGCACUAGUUGCGCAAACCAAAACAAAAAGUGCUGGAUGUUCUCGUUUUCAGGAGAGAUUAAUUGGAACAUUCUCCAGGCGAGCCGGCGGUUCUGCAAGGUAUGCACAAAAAGUGUACUGAGAAGGUGGCGAAAGACGACUGAUUAAAGACAAAAAUGUACAGUCAGUGUGUUGUUUUUAAACCAGCAUGCUCAAUUAGGCUAUUUUAGAGAAAACACUGUGAAAAUAAAGUGUAUAUAUGCGUACAUAGGAAGUGGCAAAGACAUGCUGUCCUGUUGGUGAAUUCAAACAAUUCUAAUAAGCCCCUGCCUUAUGUUAAAUAAAGAGUUACAGAGAGGUUUGUCCUGCUGCCUCGCAAUCAUGCUACCAUCUGCUGCUGUUACCGGAGUAGAUGGGGACAAAACGACAACGUUCCAACAUCUGUGCGCCCUUUGGCAUGAUAGAUCUUGAAGGAUUUCUUCCUGCCUGCGUAGCUCUAUAGAUCUGAGAGGAAUGGUGAAAGAGAUAAGCUAAAUGGCGGGAACUUAGCUUUGCCCUCGGGUGGUAGCGUAUAGAUCUUUCUGGAAGGCCAAGCCUCUACCUCUCCCAUUCCUGCAGAUCUGCGAACUGGCUUUUUUAAGAUGGUUUAAAAACGGCAUCUCUUCUUUUUAACCUUGGCAUUGUAAGAAGAUGGAACAGCAUCAUACAGGCCAUAUAAAGUCUACAAUCAUAUUCUUAUUUGGUACAAUGUAUAGGUAUCUACAAGGCUGAAAAGGUUUGGAAUUAAAUUUAACCUAUGUACAGAAGGACUGAGAGGAUAUAUGGUAUUUUUGUGUGGACUUAAUGUAUAAAAAGAGAUAUAGAUACUACGUACGCAAUUGUUAUUACACUAUGAUGACUAUUUUUUAUCCAGUUUCAGUUGAUGUUAUAUUUAUCGAAUGUUUUGACCCUGAAUGAAGAGGCUGAAGCGGUUCUGUCCUGUUCUACCUCCAGCCCUGUUUCAGGAACAACAGGCCAGCUGUCUAAGUGUCAAACAUAUGUGUCUGUCUGAUGCAUGGUUAUAUAUUUUUGCUGUAUGUUUAUUUACUUAAUAAAGAUGGGUGUUGGGAAAUGCAUCAUGGACAUAUCUUAUUUCAAGAGCUUAAGAGCCUAAAAAAUGUCUUGAAGGUUGACAGUGCGGGGGAGUUUUUUCUUUCAGCAAGUCCUUAACAAAGUGUAUUUGUAUAUAUUCUAAAUCCAGAUUUUUUCCAUCCAGAUGACCUUCUUGAUGCAUCUGUCACAAUUCCAAUUGGGAUUCAAGUAAAAAUUCUGUCACAACUUCCUCAAAUGAUUUUAGACACUUCUCUCUAUUUGUUACGUUGUUCAGCCAUGUGAAGUCUUGCUUAAGCUUUAUUUAUCUCAUCCUGAAUUCCUGCCGUUGUUUUUAAGAUUUGCAUGAUUAUGGUUGACCUCCAUUUCAGCCUCCUCCUUGUAGUAAAGGUUAGCUGUAGCCAGGGAGCUGAGGUUAGUUGGUGAAGUAUUGCCGCAGGCACUAAGAGUUCCGCUUUUUUUGGUCUUUUUUUUUUUUUUUUUUUGUAAAUUUGUUAUGCCUGUCUUUGCCUUUACCAAAAUCUUUAUUCUGUUUAGGAGCAGUUUCUGUUUAAAUUUCAAAGGUUUUUUAAAUCUCAUAAUAGGAAGAGUUAUUUAUUUAUUGAUUUUUUUUUAGAAA